UGGGCAUUCCCUCCUGCUACACAUACAGAGCAGAGAGAGGCACACAGCAACAUGGCCUUCAUGACUGAGUCCCAUAGUAACGGCAAAGGAAGGAGGAAGCAGAGCAGAUCCUACUGCAGGCUGAGAACACCCUCACACAGGCUGGUGAGCAGGACAGAGACGGGGAGAGUGUGAUGUUACUGCUGACAGUGCGGCAGACUUUGGCUGAGCUCUAUGUGGAGACGGACCAGCACAGAGAGGCAGAGACAUACUGUAGAUCAGCUCUGGUGACUGCCCAGACUCACACCGCUACCUGCCUUGAGAGACAUGAGAGGAUCACUGUUGGAAAGGGGCAGUUGCUUUGUGUGCUCUGUCAGCUGCUGUUUGCAGAUGUCCAAACCAUCGAGGCCUCUCAGAUACUCAGUGACAUCAUCAAUAUGGGACACCACAAACUCCACCUGUGUGCUCAGGCCACUGUAUCACUGCUCUGUGGGAUACACAGACUCAGCCUGCAAGACCCACAUGGUGCUGAGAAGCACCUCCAGGUUGCCUUGGAGACCAGGAGGCGCUGGUAUGGUAAAGAGCACCCUCUAGUGGUGGAGGUGGAGGAAUGCCUGGCAGACAUCUUGGCCGACACCUGCGCUGACACAGCAGGGUUGAGGCAGAGGCUAGCAGUGGAGCUGUAUCGACACACGGUGCACGUCAAAGACCAGGACAUGAAGCUUUGUCCCCCCGCAUCGCCGUGUCUUCAGGCGAAGGGAUUCAGCCUCGCAGGCACCUUGGUCAAACUUGGCAGGCAGAUAUUUCAUGGCUCCGGUAAGACAGAGAGUAGAGAGGCUGUUGAACUGCUGCAGAGAGCUCUGGACCUGUAUAUCUGCUUCCUGGGGUCUGAUCACACACUGACCAGGGACUUACAACAGGUUUUAAACACAGAAUCCAGGAGACCUCUGACCCCUCAGGUCCCCAGGUCCACACCCCUCUCCCACAUCUCCACUAGGAGACUAAGCAGUGGGACCAGACCCAAUACAGCUGCACCCCUCCACUCCCACCUGGCCUGGUACAGGGGCACCACACACACCCCUCUGGACCCUUCCGUAAACAGAUCCCUGUCAGCCCCAUCCAACAAGUCCCGCAAUACACAGCCAGAAUUGAAACCAGAACCAGUGGAGUACCAGAACCACAACAACAGACAGAACCGACGGUCUUCUUCUCCCAGGACCUGGUCUGCCUUCCAGACCACAGUGUUCGGACCACAGAGUGACAUCAGAAACCUGAUCUCAGAACUCAAACCCAGUCCUGCUUCAGCACCGGGCUUUCGUUCCAUAGACAGGACCCGGGUGCUGCAUAGUGCAGGCUGGUGCCACCUACCAGGCAGGUACGUGCUGGAGGAACGGACAGUAACAGCUUUGAACAGAGAGAUUGGAUACCCUUUGCACACACAGAGAUGCACCCCUCUGGUCAGACAGACAGGCCAGGGACAGGGAGGAGAACAGAGCUGGAGAGACAGAGUGUCUUAUUCUGCCAGGAAGCAAUAGAGAGAAGAGAAAGAUCUAGAGAAGAAUGGUGACCACUGAACUGUUUGAGUGUUUAAUCUUUUACCACUUUUGAUACCAAUCAGCUGUUUUCUUUUCAAUAUUGAAAUUGGUCAAAAUACAUUUUUAAAAAAUGUAAUUUUUGCAUGUUUAAAUGGAGUGAAAUGGCCCCUAUUUUGUAUAGAAAAUAAAUGAUUUGACUUCACUUCAUGUUGUCAAAUGAAUCGAU